AUGACUCGUGAAACAGUGGAAUUGCAUCCAGUGAGGUCGCCUGAAACCGAGAGCUUUUUGAAGCGAGUGGAAGAGUACGAUUCACAACGCAGAUCUGCGUCUAAAUCAAAACCGCCGCUGAAGGAGAAACCAGACCGAUUGAAAUGCUCCUUUCCCGAAGAAAGUAUAGAAAAAGCAAGGAGAUUGCUCGAAGGUGAAUCGCCAAGAGAACUGGACAGGAUGCGGUCCACUAGGAACACGUUUGAUGCUCCGUCGUCCGAACUGGCCUACAAGUCGGCGUACAACUACGAGAAGUCCUUCUCACCGCCACGAAAACAUCACUCGCUGGCGGAACUAGGUCUAGAGGUGGAGCUGAGUCCAUUAGGUGGAGGAAGGUCCGGAAAAACGUUUGUUGUCUCUGAGGAAGAUUUUCUGCUUCUUCAGCGACUGAAGUCCUCCAAGCAAAAUGAUAUAGCGCUUCUGGAUCAGGAAGCAGGCAAGAAAGAUUACCCUAGUCGUGGAAGGCCGAGAAAUGAAGAAACGACGCCUCCAUCGUUUCCUAUUCGUCCUCGACUGAGGGACAAGCUUCAGAUCCCUGAUGAUGAAGCAGAGGCACCCUCUCUGCCGGCUCGCAAGUAUCGUGGGAAGAUGGAAAACUCUUUGCUCUCAGGAGGAGGGAGCCAGACCGAAAGGCCGGCGAAGGAAUCUCCCGUUUCCCCACCAAAGAGAAAAGAUGCCAGACCCGAGCAGACUCGCAGUCUGGCUCCUCCUCCAGUUUCCCCAAAGCACCGUGGAACAAUUGAUUACAAAAAUUUACCAAAAAACCAGUAUCAACAUUCUGCGAACAGCGUAACGUCUUCAUCUUCAACGUUUAUCGAUUCGUUAGAAAAGAAUAAAUUAACCGUCAUUUCUCAAGUGAGCCCAAUUAAGACAAGAGAAAGAAGCCCUGUUUUUCGCAAAGACUUUGUCGAUUCAGUACAUCUGAGUCCCAAGUUGGAGAGCACGUUACAGCUAACUUCUUCGAAAGUCAGUCUCCCAAUAUUCGAAAGUGACAGUUUCAUCAAGUCUGCCAUCAAGACGACAGGCACUUCUCCAACAGGGAGCUGCAUCAAAGCACAAAGCAGGCCUGCCUUGCCCAAGAAACCAAUCCGACUACAGAAUGUUGGUGAUGAGAAAGCUGAAGAUAAGCACGAUAGCAGAGAAGAAAACGAAAUAAACAAUACCAAAUUAAAAGCUAUCGAAAAGCCCAAGCCUAAGGUACCGGUAAAGAAGGAUACAUUAGUGAUCCCCAAACUAAGGCCGGUGACGGUACAAACCAGAAAGAAUGAGAAUAGUACCGACAGCGAGGUAGCACAGCUAGCUUCACCUAAAACUCUCAAAAAAGUCGAAGUUUCUAACAUCAAAAAACGGGAAGCUGUACCGCCAGAGGCUCUCAUAAAGAUGAAUCAACUCAAUCGAAGCACAUCACCAAGCCGGCCCCACGACCAUUACAAUGAACAAACCGAGGCCCUCGCGAAAUUAGGACGCUUGAGAAAACUGAAAGAUGCCCCUCCUGUACCAAAACGUAACAUCUCACUACCUGAAGCACUUAAGAAGGCGGAGAUGCUGAGAAACAUGCCAAAUCGAGGUAAGAAACUCUCCCCCGAGCAGCAUUUUAGAAACGAGCUUAAUUCGGUACUCAAAACUCCCAGAUCUGAAGUUACAUCCGAAGUUGCGAUCAGAGAUGCUCAAAUACACCCCACUUCACACCUAGAUUCUGGGGACAGCGCAAAGACACUGAUUCAUCCCAAUAAAACCAGAAGCCGUGGGCCUAAACGCAAGUUACCUACCAAAGUGAGCUAG